GGAAGAGGUUCGAAAGAAGGAAAUGGACUUCUAGAACAUAGUACAACUUUUCCAACACUUGGGUUGAUAAUAAUAAAUGAAAUGUAAAUGCAAUGAUGAUGGAUGAUGCCCAUUCUCCUGUAGUGACCACCAAUUCUGGUAAAAGUGUUUUCAUUGUGAAUGAUGGAGCCUUGGCAACAUCAGCUCCUUUAUUUACCCCACAAAGCUCAUGUGAUGAUGUAUCUGAUGCCAACCAGGAUUUGUCACAGAGCACUUCGAGUGAACAAGGUGAUAUGAUCUUAGACUCACAUCAUGAACAUGAACAGACAUCUUCGGCCAAAGUUCAUCUGAUAAGUUCUGAAACUAGUUUUAUAGCAGAUAAGCCUAGCCCAAAAAUAUCUGUGGAAAGAAGAACUGUACUAUCUUCCUAUAGAUGUAGCUCUUCUAUAGUAGAACCUCAAGUUAGUGACAUCAGUGGAUAUGGCAUAGAAAAGCCCUGUAACUCACCAAAUUCUGCUUUUUUUUUACAGAAGGAUGUAGAGCCAAGUGACUUAUCACAUGUUUCUCAUAAUACCCCAGCAAAGGAGAGAUUGUUAAAUCAUACUGAUGUUGAGAGAAAAAUCCCUCUGUCACUUACAGUAUCUUCUAAUAAUACUGUAUCACACAGUAGACAUGAAAAAGACCUAAGUAACACUGCUUCUUUGCAGCUUUCCGAUUCACAUAUUAUUCUUUCCUCCAACAGAGUAAUAAGUAGACAUAAUCAACUUCUUACACAAGAUACGUCAAACCUCAGCAACUUUCAAUCUCAUGGCUCACAGGAAGCACCUGAAGUCAUUGAAGAACCAUCAUCAACAUAUUCUGGUAGUUCUAAAUUGCAGAGAUUACCCCCUGUCUCAACAAUAAUACAACCACGAUUUGCUUCCUUAGUGAAGAAAGGUUACAAGCCACCUUCUCUUGAAUCUUCCAGUAUUGACCUGUCACAUACCCAUGAUCCUCAUCAUGCAGAAGCACUCUGUCUUUCAACUGUUAGUAGAUCUGAAGCAGAUGUUAUUAUGAACCCUAUUUCACUGGUGGCUAACAAGAAUGACACUGGAGGGCACUAUUUUGGUGACUCAGUUGAUUCACUUCAGUCUUUGUCCACUUCAUUUUCUGAAGCAGAUGUUGUAGAAUCAGCAGCUACAUCUCGAGUUCCUUCACAUUCAGCACCAGUCAUCAUGUCACUACCUGAUUUUUCUAAAAUACAUAGUGGAAAUGUUUUAAUAACAAGCAGUAAAGAUCAUGGUCUGCAUGUACCAUCUUCUGUCAACAGGUUUCCACGAAUGGAUCAUCGAGGGCCUUUGCUGUUUGAUGAUGAUGGUCAUCCAAUUGUUCUUCCCUCAACCAAUCCUUUGUUAACACCAUUAGAUUUGGGGACCACCACUUUGAGUAUGGUUAGUUCUCGCAUGUCAUCACAGACUGCUGGAAGAGAAGUUGGCCAAAUGAAUAUGUCAUCUUCCUCAACCAGAUUAGCAUUCUGUAGGCCAAUAUUAGGUGUUCCCACUGGUGUUAUCACUGCAGUUGGGCCAAGUCAUUCCACCCCUAUUUCAGCAUCUGAUGAAAUUCAAGAACAUCGCCCUCCAUCAUUGCUUUCGCAAGAGGAAAAUGUCAGUAUCUCCGCUUCUUCUCCAAAAUAUGGGUCUGUGAUUGAAGGGCGAGAUUUUUCAGGAGUACUUGGUAAGAGUGAGUCUGAAGAUGAUGAAACUGAUGAUAUAUCUGAUGCUCCCAGUAUAACAAUAGCCUCCCCAAUGCAUGGUAUAUCCACAUCUGCUUUGCCAUCUAUACUUUCUAGUCUAGCGUCACAGUCUUCUUACCUCUUGUCUAGCCUUGUUUCUUCUACUGCUUCUUCAUGCCCUUUGACACUGACUAAGACAGCUUCUUCAAAUUCCACGACCACUACUAGUGUUCCACUGAUUCAUGGAAUGCAGCCUGGUCUAACAAGUUCACAUUUACCAUAUGUAUCACCAUUUUUGUUGUCUGGGAUCCUUCCUACCUCACUUUCUGGAACUUCUGUGAAACAGGAACCUCAAGAAGCAACUUCUUCUCCAACGAUUACUUCAGCUAGCAGUCCACAUUACUCGAGCUUUCCAACCUUACCAAGUUUAAUUUCUAUUCUCAAACAGGAAGCUCCUACUGGAAGUACUACUGGUUCUGGACCUUUGCCACCAUUUACUGUUGUUUCAGGUUUGUCCUCUGUAUCAAAACGAGCUCUUGCUGGAUUUGAUUCAGAACAAGUUAACUUCCACCUUGGAGAGGUUUCUGUGAAGGAAGAACCAUCUGGUAAUGCUGAAACUUCUCCUUCAGAAAGCCUUUCAGCACCUGAGUCUCCAGUUUUACAAAAUACCUCUAAACUUCAUGAACUGUCUGGUUUGCCAACAAUACCACUUGCAGUGAUUAGCACCAGUGCCCGAGUAGAACAUUCCUCUCCUUCUAUAACACAAGCCACCACUGUGCCUUCUAACCAGAUUACAGCGUGCUAUAGUCGCACUGCCACUGCAACUUCAAAAACCAAUUCAACAAGUGCUAUUGGGAUGGCAUCUACUUCUUUGAUUGGAGCCAUUUCUGGAAGAAAAGUAGAAAUUGUAGACAAAAAGUGCUGUCAACUUUGCAAAGCUGGUAAACCUUGUAGCUUGCAUUCUGCCCAGUCCCACAGUGUAUCAAGUCAGUUAGUAUCAGGACCACUUCUUUCUGGUGAUCCAGCAAAACCCUUCCAGUGUAACUUGUGUGGAAAAAAACUAGCAUCAAAAAAUGUUUAUCAGUUACAUAUGCGCUCACAUUCUGGAGAAAAACCUUUCACCUGCAAUCUUUGUGGUCAUCAUUUCUCUCAAAAAACCUCACUUACAAGGCAUAUGCGUUCUCACACUGGUGAACGUCCUUUUCCUUGCGAGGUAUGUGGAAAACGCUUUGCUGAUAAGGAACGUACAAAAAUACACAUGCGUACCCACACAGGGGAAAAGCCAUUUGCUUGUGAAAUAUGUGGUAAGUGCUUCUCACAGAAGUCUACAGUGAAAAGACACAUGAGUGUUCAUACCGGUGAAAAACCCUUUACUUGUGAGACAUGUGGAAAAGGAUUUGCUAAUAGAGGUAACUUAAAUGCUCAUAGCAAAACACAUGUUAACAGUUUGAAUACAUAA